AUGCAUUCAAUCAAGCACCAGGCCCGAAACAUUGCCUGGAGACAAGCCGACGGCGAGGCCAACUACAACCCUUUCGCCAGGCGCUCUCGAUCCUAUGUUGGACGGCCGCAAGACGAGGAGAACAACCUGCAGCGUCGCCAUACAGCAGACCAAGUCAUGUCAGAUAGCAGUAUCAGGCGCAACGAUGCGCGCAAUGUAGAUGAUGCCGACUUUGCCUACCCCCACCAUGCCAACACAGCGCCGCCCGAGUCUAGUACCUCUUCCGAUACGCCCACAUCUAAUGGAACCCUUGGCGGCCAGUCUGAUAUCAAACCGUCCAGAGAAAAGGAGAUUCUACCACUGGACAGAGACAACUCUCGCUCCAUGUCCGAGAAGAACGUCACAGAGCCUGAGCACAAACCACGCAAGCGCCUGGCCCUCAUGAAUCUGCUCGGUGCACCUGACCGUACCAAGACGGACAACUCUGACCUUGAACGCUCCGACACUGGCGACACCAAGAAGAAGAGACGGCCGAAGAUUGGCAUCGUCAGCCAGUUCAAGGCCACUCUCCUCGGCUCAUGGGUCAACGUCCUUCUCGUCUGUGUUCCUGUCGGUUUUGCUCUUCGGUACACCCAUGCCAACGGAUAUGCCGUCUUUGUCGUCAACUUCAUUGCCAUCAUUCCCCUCGCCGCCAUGCUGUCCUUUGCAACAGAAGAGCUUGCCUUUUACACUGGUGAGACGCUGGGAGGUCUUCUCAAUGCCAGUUUUGGUAACGCUACCGAGCUGAUCGUCAGUAUCAUCGCUCUGGCACAGAACAAAAUCCUUAUUGUCCAAACUUCUUUGAUCGGAAGUAUGCUAUCCAACUUGCUCCUGGUCCUGGGUAUGUGUUUCUUCUUUGGUGGCAUCAACCGUGUCGUCCAGCACUUCAACAUUACUGUCGCCCAAACAGCCUCCAGUAUGCUUGCUGUCUCGAUCGGUUCAUUGAUCAUCCCCACCGCUUUCCAGAAAUUUGGUAACAACCCUGCGGGUGGUGUUGCUCCUAUCUCACGAGGAACAGCUAUCAUCUUGCUCCUUGUCUACUUUGCCUACCUUAUCUUCCAGCUCAAGACUCACGUCGAAAUUUACAACACCCCGAGUCAAAAAUCCGAGAAGAAGAAGGGUUCCACCCGAGAGAAGGGCGAAACUCUGAUGGGAAUUGCUCGUAUUGGUGCCGGUACUGCUGCUUCAGCUGGAGGCCAAGUCAACCAGUCCAACCUCGUUUACAACGAGGACGAAGAGGAGGAGUCGCCUGCGCUGUCUGUUGUUGGUGCUCUUAUCACCUUGACUAUUGCGACAGUCUUCAUCGCCUUCAACUCCGAAUUCAUGGUCAGUGGUAUUGACUACAUCGUUGAACACGGUCACAUCUCCGAGGAGUUCGUCGGUCUUAUCUUGGUCCCCAUCGUGGGAAACGCUGCAGGUAAGUUGGGUCACAUGCUUAUAAUGCACUACGAAAAGGCUAAUCCCAUCAACNNAGAACACGCAACGGCCGUCACUGUCGCCAUCAAGGACAAGAUGGAUCUCGCCAUUGGUGUCGCCGUCGGCUCAAGUAUGCAAAUCGCUCUUCUCGUUCUUCCUCUCAUGGUCGUCAUCAGCUGGUGCGGACUGGGCAACGACGCCAUGACCCUCGACUUCGACGGCUUCCAGGUCGCCGUUCUCUUCAUCGCUGUGCUUUUGGUCAACUAUCUCAUCCAAGAUGGCGAGAGUCAUUGGCUUGAGGGAAUAUUGUUGAUGGCGGUGUACAUCAUCAUCGCCGUCAGCGCGUGGUUCUAUCCAGCAUCAGGAGAUCUGGUUGGAUAA